CCCAGUGCAAUCCAAGUGCAACGACUCCCACGCCGCCCCGACGUCCGCUGCUGCCCAUGCCCGCGCGCCGCCGCACGCCUCCACCUCUGGGCCGAUAGCACCAUGAACGGCGCCUUUCCUGCCACGCCGCAGCGCCCGCAGCGCUCGCCCGGCCCUCGCAGCCCCAAUGCCUCGACGCCCGCGCGCCCCAACGUGCGGUCGCCCAUCCAGGACGUCCCCAGGCCGGCGCCGCCCAGCGCGGGGCCCGUCAUCCCCACCGACAUCCUCGACCCUGCCCAGCAGCGCUUCUACCUCUUCGCCGUCUACGUCGCCCUGUGGGCCUACCGCUCCUACGACUUCUACACGCUCGCCGUCGAGGAGGACGAGUCGCUAUGGCUGUGCCUCAAGUGGUGCUUCUUCGACAUGCUGUUCAUGUUCGGCGUGCCGCUGCUCGAGAUCCCGUGGCUGGAGUGGAGCAACGGCGCCGCCUUCCUGCUGUUCGUGCUGCACGCCGCCCUCGACGUCAUGCUCAUGUUCCGCAUCGGCAUCCCCGUCCAGGCCUGGGCCGUCGGCCUGGUCGGCUUCCUGUGGGACAGCGAGCUGGCCAUCAGCGAGCGCAGCGUCAAGCCUGGCGCCAUCCUGCACAACGCCUCGCUCAUCCUCGGCAAGCAGAUCGUCAACAUCCUGCCCGAGGGCUCGGCCGUCCUGAACCCGAACAAGGAGCCCUUCUGCCUGAAUGCGACCGUCACCCAGCUGGAUAUCCCCAUCAUGAUCAACCAGACCGAGCCCAUCGAGAUGGAGCUCGUGCGCAUCGACUUUGACACCAACGCCAACGAGACCAUCACCAUCAAGAAGAACGAGCUAGGCAGGAUGCUGAAAAAGGCACGCAAAGCCGCACGAUCCACGCACCCCGAUGACCCCCUAACGCUGCGAUACACCGUGAAGAAGCCGGGCGUGUACCUGCUCAAGAGGGUCACAGAUCAUUCAAAGCUUCAGGUCCGACCACGGGCUGCUAGUCUGAUUGUUGCUGCCUGUCCCCAAGCUAGGGUCCAGCCCACAGGCGACGACCGCUGCCGCAGCGAUCUGUCCAAUGUUGCCCUGAAAGUUGAGGGCACGCCGCCACUCAACAUCAAGUACCAGUUGUCAGUGAACGGCAAGCCCCGUGGUGUAUCCGAGUUCCACAACCUGCAACCCGACGAUGUCAUAUCUCCUUUAUCGCGACACACCUCACAAGCAUUAGUCAAGCAUGGCCGCGAGGAUGUGUCCUGGGCGCAAUCGCAAAUAGUGACUGUGCCCAUGAACGAGACGUUGUCCACCAGCGGUCGCUGGGAAUACGAGGUUGUGGAAGUGCAGGACGGCCUGGGUAACACAGUCAACUUCCAGGAUGUGGACGAUGAUGAGCGACCAAAGGCUAAAUUUCCUGGACUUCGUCGAUCCUUCCAAGUCCGAGAACGACCAAAGGCCUACCUCAAAGGCUGCGACCCUUCGCGACCGCUCCGUGUCGCCAAGGGCGAGAUUGCUCGCCUACCGGUUCACUACGGGUCCACUGGCAAACAAGCCAUCGAAGGCUUGCACUCGAUCGAAUACUUGUUCACGCCGGAGACAGAAAUCGUCACAGAUGGCUACCAAAGCCCGAAUGCUGCGUUGAAGAAGCAGACCAUGCGCUCAAUUCGGGAACAACCGCUUAUCUCUGAAGCUGGCCUCUACACCAUUAAAUCUGUCUCCACCGAAUUUUGCGAAGGAGAGGUGCUCGAGCCUACCUCGUGCUUACUCCAAAAUCCACCUGAACCCGGAUUAUCGUUGACUAGCGAAGACAUCGUUGACAGAUGCGCCGGUAACCCUAUCGGCUUGCGUGUUGGAAUCGACCUUAUCGGAAGCCCACCAUUCGUGAUUAAAUAUACUGAACAUGUCAACGGUCGAAAGCUUCCAAGAGAAUUGCAAGUUGCUACCCUUCGCAGUACAGUCGACUUCGCCCCUCAAGACGCAGGGCAUUACAAGUACACGUUCGAGAGUAUCCGCGACUCGGUCUACAAGGAUACGCGUCUUAGGAAUCUUGAAUUGCAGCAGAACGUUAGGCCAUCUGCAAAGGCAUCUUUCGUGGACAACAGACGAUCCAAGCAAGUCUGCAUCGAUGACUCGGUAAAUUUCGAUGUCAAGCUGUCAGGAGAGGCUCCUUGGAAACUAGAGUACGAGGUCGUGCACAACGGUAAACGCGCCAAACGUACUGUGGAGACAAGCGAAGAGUACUACACCAUCAAGACCGACAAGCUCCGCAGCGGCGGAGAGUACAUCGUGACCUUGGCCAGCAUUAGCGAUAAGAUGGGAUGCAAGGAGUUUCUAAAAGAGGAGGCUAGGGUCAACGUACGCCAUGAAAGACCCAAGGCUUACUUUGGACACAUUGAAGGCAAGCAAGCAAUCAUGGCACUUGAGGGCAGAACGAUUGGUCUACCCCUUCGCUUCACCGGCAAUGCUCCAUGGAGGCUGGAAUACGAAAACCUAGAUUCGAAAGAGACCCGGAAAGAGAUCUUUCAAAACGCCAAUGCGCUCUUGGAUGUCAAGACAGAUGGUACAUACAAACUGCUGUCGGUCAGAGACGCUGUUUGCCCUGGUUUGGUCGAAGAAAAAGCUGAUCAGUUCCUGGUUCAGUGGGUUGCGCGACCGAGGUUGAGCGUUCCUGAAUCUGCUGUUGUUGUGCUUGAAGGUGGGAACUAUGUCAAGGAACCAGUUUGUGAAGGAGACGAAGAUGCGCUAGAGGUGUUACUUCACGGAAACGCUCCGUUCGAUGUCUCUUAUCAAACACAACAGAACGACCCGAAGGGCAAGUUGGUGUCUAUCAGGAACAAAGAUUUGCACGUUGCAGGAGGUGCUGCAUCCAUCCGAGCGGAAACAUCGCAAGCUGGUACAUACGAGUACACAUUCCAAAAGCUGGCUGACUCCAGAUACGAUCAUUCCAAGAAGCAUUUUACUCCCCUCAUGAUCAAGCAGACUAUCCACUCGCGCCCAAGCGCUCGCUUUGACAAGCCAGGAAAGACAUACAGCUAUUGCUCGAGAGAGUCAGAGGGUGAAGAGGUCAUUCCAAUUACGCUUGAGGGUGUUGCACCCUUCUACCUGGAAAUCGAGAUUAAACAUCAUGGCACACCGAAGCCUGAGAUCAGCAUUCACAAAAACAUCCCAACGAGCAAAUACGACCUCAGAAUUGAGCAUCGCAAGUUGCAUCUCGGACACUCCUCUAUCUCGAUUCGCAAGGUUCGAGACUCUCGUGGUUGCACGCUUAAGCCCGCUCCUGGCGGCCCUCGUGUCCAAAUCAGUGUCCACGACGCACCCAUUGCCACCCCCCUCGAAGAUCGUAGGGACUACUGCGUGGGUGAGCGUCUUUCCUUCGCGCUUGGAGGACAAAUCCCAUUCACAGUCUACUAUACCUUCGAAGGUCAAGAGCGCAAGGCCUCCAAUCCGGGCACCACAUUCCGUCGUCUCGCGGAGCUUCCUGGUACAUUCACCAUUACUGGUCUGCGUGACUCCGCAUCUGAGUGCCUUGCAUCACUCGACCUCACAAAACAGAUCCACCCAAUUCCCUCAGUCCGCUUAUCAGGUGGUCGUGUUGAUGAAGUCGAUAUUCACGAAGGUGGAGGUACAGAUCUUGAUUUCCAAUUUUGGGGAACUCCUCCGUUCGAGUUCACUUACACAAGAAGCACGAAUGCUGCUCGGGGUAAGAAGAGCAAAGUUCUCGAGAUCCGCACAGAGGUUAGCCACGAGAUGAGCAUGCAUAUUCCCGUUCAAGAGGAGGGUACGUAUGAGGUUGUCAGCAUCAAAGAUGCGUGGUGUAGCUUCGCCCGAAAUGACAUUGAGGGACUUGAGAAAAGUAAAGGGGGUGCCCAAAAAUUGCUGCAGUUUUAGGUGUUGUUAAGGACGGAUGAAUGAGACAUGGCGAUUGCAUUGUUGGGGCGUUUGGCGAAACGUAAAAUGAUUGAGCAGGUCUGGGUAGAAAGACAUUUUUCGA